AUGGAUAUUAGCUUUUCUGUUAAAUGUUGUUUAUGUAAUAAACAACUUUCUUCUGUUCAAGAAUUUCAAAGUCAUGGAAUCGAGGAUUCACCACAAUCUUUAUUAAACUCACCAACUUUACUCAGUUCAUCAUCAACCUCAUUUUAUGAUUCAUAUGCUCAACCUAUCAAGGUUAAACCAGAGAAUAGAGAAAUAGAUGAACCUAAAGUUGAAUUUGGAUCUAAUACGAUAGAUGCAGACAUAGUAGAGGAUGACUCCGCAUGUUUCCUUGCACAAACCUUAUCUAUUCCAAAUUCAUUACCUAGUCAAAUACGUUGUCUCAAUCCAACUAGGGGAGGUCAAAGGUUUCAGGUUGUUAAUGGAGAAAAGUGCGUUAUUGUAUGCAAGUACACUCAUUUACCGAUUAUGAAAGUAUUCAACUUAUUAGAAGACAACUUGGUAUUCGAAUGUCCUAAAUUGGAAAAAGGCUCUACAAGUAAAUGUGAUCAAUGUGGCGAGAAAUGUACCACUAGAAUAGGAAUUAAAGCAACCGGAUUGCCACAAACAACAGAUUCAUUUUCCUAUUUUUGUUGUUUUGGCCACUUGAUUGCCUAUGUUUCAAAUAUUAGUGUAAAGAAUUGGAGAGAAAAGAUUCAAUCAAAAGAAAAAUUAUUCAAAGGUCUUGAAACUUUAAACCCCGAUAGCUCUCCUACAACUACCACAACUACCACAACUACCUCUAACUCAUCAGUUAGGGAAGAAACAAAUGAAGAGGAUGCAUCCGAACAAGAUUCAAAUAUUAAACUAUUCAUUGGCUUAAAUAAGAAUGAUUUUAAUGAUCUUUUUCUCAAGAUCAAAGAACGUAGUCAUUCAAAAAUAACCAGAAAAGAUGAUCAACAAAGAAAGAAAUCAAGUGCCAUUUAUAAUGAUUAUUAUGGUGAUUCAUGCUUAGUGACUUCAGUUGUGGACGGAUCUGAACAAAGGGUAGUUGUACCGAUGAACUCUGAUCUCAAAAUAUGUUAUUAUAGUGGAAAAAAAGGGUUUUCAUCAUUCAACAAACAAGUGUUUUGUUCUCCUAAUGGAAAGAUCAAAUAUAUGUCACAUACUAGGCCCGGAUCAAGAAAUGAUCAAGGUAUGAAGUAUGAAGUAGGACCAUUUUUAAAUAAAUUUGACGAUUCGUUUGAGUACAUAAUGGGUAACAAAGGUUUUCAAGGUUCCCAUAUUUUGUACAAACGUUUUAUUGUUAUCGACAGAGAGGAUAGAAAAGAUGGAGAGGAUGAUGAAAGGAAGGAAGCAGACAAUAGAUUUAAAUCUGUUAGGAUCAUAAUAGAGAAUGUCUUUUAUUAUUAUUUUUUUUAA